CUCGCGCCCGGGCAGCCGCCGCCGUCGCCAUGUUGGUGUGAGAGGCGAUGACAGGAGGCGGCCGCGGCGUGUGGGACUGAAAAGUGGAGGACGCCAAGGAGGAGGAGGAGGAGGAGACACAAAGCUCUGAGAGAGGAACCCCUUCCCGGGCUGAGGCGCGGGGAGGACCCGGCCCCUUCCGGGGAGCCGCCGGAGCUCGCGAGGCCGGGGCGGGGAGGAGAAGGCGGGGACGCGGGAGGCGGAGGCGGCGGAGCAGCGCCGAGCAGCCCGAGACGAUGCGAGCCGAGCUCCGGCGCUGCCGGGAGGCGCUGGCGGCCUGAGCCCCGACGGCCGCUGGGCUGUGCUGCUCGCGCUCGCCCUCCGCGCGCGGGGAGAGGGGCUUGGGCGGCGGGCUCCCGGCUCACUUCCAUGCCCUUGAGCGCGGCUCGGGCCGGCCCGGCUCUCCGCCCCGGCCACGGCGGCGGCGGCGCCAGUUGAGCCGUUGUUGUUUUUCUGUUUGUUUUGUUUUUCCUUUUUUUUUUCCCCCUCCCUCCUCCUCCCCGCGCCCGGGCUGCUCGGCGAGGUGGCCCCUGCAGCCACGCAGCGGCUCGCGCGUCCAUGUGCCAUAGCACUCUGUGUACCCGCGCGCCGGGGCGUUUUUUCUCCUGCUUAAUGAAGACUUGACUCGGGAGCGAGUGUGAAUCACUGCCGGGGCCGGGAAAGGAGGAAGGCGGAUUUAACCCCCUCCCACCCCGCUCCAAGUCCGUGUGUCACUCGGCUCGGUCGGUCACCUGGCGCGGCCGGUCCUGAGGGCUGUCGCCGCCGCAGCUGCCCACCACCCGGAGACGUUGCUGCUCCGUCGCCCGCCACCUCGGUCGGGCCAGCACUUUGAUUACGGAAUAACUACUUCUGUUUAUCUUUUUUUUUCAUUAUUAUUUUUUUUUUGCAAAGCACAUCACAAACCAGUUGACAUCCUGAAGGUUGAUUUCUGCAGCUUUUGAAGACUUUUUGAUCUUUUUUGUUGGUUGUGUUUUAGCGUUUUUGUUUUGUUUUGUUUUUUUGGUGUAAACAUCUGAGUGCUUGUCAAACGGCAAGAUGUCCAGUAAUGUCCCGGCGGAUAUGAUAAAUUUGCGCCUCAUCUUGGUAAGCGGAAAAACGAAAGAGUUCCUGUUUUCACCUAACGAUUCUGCUUCUGACAUUGCAAAGCAUGUGUAUGACAAUUGGCCAAUGGACUGGGAAGAAGAACAAGUCAGCAGUCCAAAUAUUCUACGACUAAUUUAUCAGGGGCGAUUUCUACAUGGAAACGUCACAUUGGGAGCAUUAAAGCUUCCCUUUGGCAAAACAACAGUGAUGCAUUUGGUGGCCAGAGAGACGCUGCCAGAGCCAAACUCCCAAGGUCAAAGAAAUCGGGAGAAGACUGGCGAGAGUAACUGCUGUGUGAUCCUGUAAGGCUGAGGGCAGGUGUGAGUGGUGCGGCUCUGCCAUGCUGAGGGGACAGGAGCGGCCCCCCGGGGCUCCAGAGCCCUCCCAAGCUGGCUGCCUGCACAUCCCCAGAACUGACCUAACACACAGGGCCGGCGUCCUUUCUCAUGAAACUCAAAGGAACCAGGAACAUUCUUCACUAUGAUUUUUUAUUUCUUGUCUUAUUGUUUCUGUUGCAUAGUUUUAAAAUAUAUUUUAAAAUACAUUGGUUUUUAAAUGCAGUCGAUAUCCAGGGACAGAAUUAACAAGCCCUUGUUGGAGCGGAAACUGGUUUGCUGCCACAAAAAUUGUCAUCACCAGAACAAAUCAAGUAUUCCAAAUACAGUUUGCACUAAAAAGGACUGACAUUAUUUCCUCAUCCAGAGAUUUUGUUAACACUGUAUUGUACCUAGAAAUGCUCAUGUACAUUUCCAACUGGAAUACACUCAGCAAUUACUGAAGUUAGUGACUGGGCCAUCCUGAGAGGAAGAGCUGGAAAGGAGAGGCAGAUGCUGGGUGCUCCACCGUCAGCCGUGUGACCACGCCGGCGCAGGAUGCCCCCUGAGCGUGACUGUGCUCCCAGCGACUAAUGACAACUCCAGACAGCGUGCCUGCUGUGGAAGCGCUCAGCGGAGGGCUGACGGCCCCGGUGUUCUCCCUCCGCAUGUGCACUUGAACGCUGCAGCAGCUGAGCGCCUGGUCAGACAGCACAAAAAGGGGCGAGAGUGCGUCUCCGAGCCUUAGCGCGGGCGGGACUCCUGUCGCGCCAAGGCUUUCGUUACUGUGCAGACAUGAGGAAACCUCGUCAACUGAUCCGUUUUAUGUGUUUGAAUAUCAGCAAAUGGAAAUUUUCCUUAAUAACUGCUCAUCUGUAACGCCGUCCAGUGUCAGGCUUACUCAUUAGAGAGUUGAGAUGAAUUCCUAUAAUUCAAAAAUCAUAUCUCCAUAGGACUAGUUUUAUUUCUUUAUGUAGUCUGCAUUGGGUUAUCAGUGCUUGCAAUUGUAUUAAAAUCAAAAGCUGAUUUUCAAGGCAUACGUGAUUAAGGAUGCCCUUCAUUUAUUUUGUACCAAUAAUUUAAAGAUUGAUAUGCUAAAAAACAAUGUGCACAGCACUAAAGCAUGAGCUAGUUUCAUCUAAACCUGUAAAAAUAUGAAAGAUUUUAUAUUUUUUUCACUGGGAAGCGAUUCUUCCUGGGUGAAAUUACAAAUAAUAUGUAGAAUAUAUUUAAUAAAAGACUUAUGAAAUACCUAACUAUAUAACCUAAAUAUAGAUUGGCGUGUAGUGUAUAGAACAAUAUUCCACAUAAGUAACUUUAGCCUUUUUAAAAAUGAAGUUGCAGGCUGACGUUAUGUUCUGUCCUUAGCCAGAAGUGUCCGAGCCUCACAGCCUGCGUGUCGGUGGGUUCACACGGUCCGCUUGGUUUCAGUGCAAUCAGGUUAUUUUAUUCACUGUUCUUGCUUUGACACAAAAGCUUUGUAUGCACUAGAUCUACGAAGAUACUGUUCAUACUGAUCAGAGUUAAGUUUGUAUAGAGCAGAGUUUUAAAACGAAUGUAAAUAGCACUAAACAUUUCUUUCUGCAACCUGUACUUACAGAUUCUUUAUGUAAACUAAAUAAAUAAUGUAGUGCAUUUUGGUGGUCAUUUUAUAGGUUUUAAUUAGGUUAUUAAGUGUUAAUGCUUUGUCUCAUCCACGGUUUCUAGUUUUGUUUCUGAAUCUUUAAAAUUCAUUUAAUUAAUAUUCUGUUCUUGGUUUGGGGAGUAUUCCCAGUGUAUCUUUGCUAUUUAAUCUAGUUAAUUUGUGUGUGAUUACACAAUGGAUAGAAUUAUGUAGCUUCUGUUUUCACUAAAGUGUUAUAGUCAGAAGAUGUUAAAUAUUUUUGUGCUUUGUUAACUAGCUCAAAUGUGAAUUCUGUUGGUGUUGACAGAAGAAUCUGGUAGUUACUUAAUUGGACAGUUAAGCCAUUUAUGGCUCUGUUCUUUUGUAAGACAAACUACUGGUAAUUAUUUUUAAUACCUAUUUUAAUUCUAAUUACUCUCCUUUUUUCCCCUAAAGACAGUCAGUUAAUUAUGGUUAUUUUUAUGAUGAUUAAAUAUUCUCUCGGUUUUCAAAAUGUUUUUUUUUUCUGUAUUUCCCACAUUAUAUUUUUCCAUUUUACAGGACCUCAAUUUAGAGUUUGACAAGUGGGAUAAACUGGUUCAUUCAUAGAGAAAGAAUUAUGUCACUUAAUAUCAUAGUUGUACAAAAUUUUUAAAAAGUAACAGUAAAAUUAUAUACUGAAAACACCAAAAAUUUAGAUGCCUUAAUAGUGUGUAUGUGAAAAUACUCAACUGUCCCUUUAAAAAUAACUCCUUGGACUGGCUGCUGGUUUCAGAUAGGAUUGAUCGCUUCCAAGGCUUGUAUUAAGUCCCUUGGCCAAAAACAGCAGCUUUUGCACCCAAAGGUGAGGGCUGGGCAGAUCCAGUGCCGCACAUACAGCCUGACUGGUUCUCGGGCCCUGCCCAGUGCUUGCUGUCUCCAUCUCAUGGUUCCCUCUAGGAGUCCCCGUCCAGGCAGCAGCAACAGCUUUGUUUAGUAAAAGCUCAGCAUGUCCCUCAGUCUGAAUUAUUUACUUUCUAAGAUAAGUUGUAUCUUACCAUGAAAAAUGCGGUAGCUAACAUCACCGUUUGCAUUCAGUGACGUUUUUUUCAUAACAAACUUUUUCCUUAGUUUUAUGAAGUCAUCUUGACCGAUUGUGGUAAACACUGUUUAAUGUGAAAAGAAAUUAAAAAUUUCUUUCUCUAUUGUA